GGGGAAUGUUUCUUUUUAAUCUAUACGUGGGAGUGUAUUUCCGUGGCAUUGGAGUGUUCUUUUUAUAAUCUAAAUGUGGGAGUGUAGAAUUGUGGUUGUGUGGGAGUGCCCUUUUUUUUUUGGUUUUAAUCUAAACGUGGUAGUGUUUUUGGUUUUAGCCUAGGUUGCCAUUUACAUUGUCUAAGGAUUCUGCCUCUCAAACCAUUUACAAGGUUUAGGUUGGCAUUUACAAUGUCUAAGUAUCGGCCGUAUACACUCUUUUCAGCAUGCCGUCAAAUCAGUGAUUGAGACGGAUCAAGUUUUAGGGACUAAGACAAUUUCAUUGGUGAGUCGCUAUGUUGUUUUCACUUAAUGGGUUUUGGCCAGGAUCAUAUAGGCAUUGGGUAGACGAUACGGUGUGUUGACUUUUGUUUUUGAUUUUUCUAUCACUCUUGCUCUACCUCAACAUGCCGUUUGGUUUCAUUGGGAUUGCUCUGCAUUGCUUUUUUGUUUAUUUGCGUUGCUCUGUGUUGCUUUUGCUUUUUUGCCAUUUACUCUCUACAAUUCUUACGUUACCCCAUGUGUGGGUUCACUCCCUUUUGUUUUGUAUUUUCCCCUAAUCAUAACAUAAGAAUAUGCAUUAUUUAGAAUUGAUGGAGGACUCGAGUUCUAGCAUAUUUGGUAGUUUGAUUGGUGGGGCAUUAUACGCUUAGGAUAAUAAUUUUAAUUACUUUGAAUAUCCAUUGUUUGGUGAGAGAGAUACUAUUUAUUUAUAAUAAUUAUAUUAAUAUUAGUUUAUCACUGUACAAUGGUUUUUGAUUUUUGGCUUAGCCAAUUUUAUAUAAAUUAUCGUAUUACUUUACUCCAACAUAUAAAUUCUAGCUGCUGCAUAAAAAAUAAGUAAAUAAAGAAAAUUCACAACUCCAAGAAAAACUCAGUGAUGACACAAUUUUUGCUCUAAGAAAAUUGAUUCUAACGAAAAUUCUAUUACUCUAUUAUUUGAGAAUGCUGAAAUCAAUCUAAACUACUGAAGUAAAAAAUGAAAGAAGAGACCAAAAAAAAAAAAAAAAUCCAACUGCUCACACAAAUGAGUUCUAUUUAAACUCUACUACUAUACUAACAAAUGGAUGAAAAGGAAUUAGAAUCAAUGUGUUCAGAAUAUGCAACUACAACCAAAAAAAAAUUGACACAAUAUUUUAAACAAAGUGAUGUCAGUAAUGUUUAACAUGAGUUAACUAAUUAAAUAUUUCGGACCUCAAAUGCACUAAAAUGUGUAUGUUAGAUUACACGUAAAUAAUAUAAACCCUAUUUUGAAUUCUAUAAAAAUACUAUAUAGAAAUAGUAUUUUUUAUUAUUUUUAAUAUUCUUUAUAUUAGACUUUGACUAAGAAGAUUAAUGAAAAGAUUGGGCAAUGGAGUUAUUUUUAGAAAGAGUAUGUAAAUCAACUGUUUAUCUAUAUAUUUAGCCAUCUGAUUCCAUGAAAUUUCAAGUUAAAUGAGUCACAAAUGAAAGGAAAAGAGUUGAAAAUAUAAAUUUAAGAAAAUAGUUGAAAAUAUAUGAUAAAUUUAAGAAACAAAGAAGACAAGAAAUAGAGAAAAUAUACCUCUACUUGGAAGAAUUUCAUUGUUUGCUUUUACCUCUUUGGGUGGUAAAGUAGAUAGGUUGGUAAAUAAUGGUACAAGCCCAUAUGUUUUCCAUCUCAAUGGCCAAAAUUAUCGGAUUGGGUCACUUCUUCCUAUUGAAGGGUAAAAACCUACAUUCGCUCGACUCUAUAACUAUGAUACAGAUAAUGAAAUAGGACAUAGAAUUGAUGCAGUGAUCAAGAAAUAUAAGAAAAAUGAUGUAGAUCCUAAUAUUGCUAUUGGAUUAUUGGAAAUGUUAGAUAAUUGUAAUGAAUUGGUGAAAGCAUUUUGUGCAUGAUAAAUCUCUCUCCCUCUUCCUCUUAAAUUUGCUUAUUUUAUAGAGUUUACCCAGAAAGGGUUUUUAUUUUAUAUAUAUAUAUAUAUGUGAAAGAAUUUUGAUUUUGUUAAUUUUUAAAUUUUGAGCAAGUUAUUGGGGUUUUAGUACGUACAUUUUGCAGUUAGAAUAUUGUUUCAAAUUUGGUGAAUUUUGGGGAAUGUAAUAGUGUGGAAAUUUUAUAAACUUUUACCGUCUAUGAAGCCAACUUUAGUCUAACAAGAAAGCCAUGAACAACUUAAGUCCAACAUAAAGGCCAUGAACAUCUAGGUAGUUUGUUGGCAUGUUUUUGUUUCAAUUAUUUUCCUUCCCCUAAUAUAGCUUUGUCGUUUGAUUUGUUAGUUGAAAUGGAAAUAACACAAUUUUCUUAUUCUAGAUGAAAUUGUUUAUGGAUUUUUAUUUUAUGUAUAGAUUUCAAUGCAACUAACAUCAAUUCCGUUGCUUACUGUUUUAAUGUUAAGGAUUCAGUGACAAACUUAUUUUGUAUUUGUACUAUUGUUUUACUUGUGGGAAAAAUUUGAUGAGUUUUCUAUGUUUGUGUUUUGUAGUUCGUAUUGAUUUACUGGAUGUGAAUGGUGAUGUGGGGGGAACUAGACAAAGAUAAUGAGUUACCUGUCUUCUAUCUCAAGACUAAAGAUGAAUGUUUACAUUGAAUUGUGUAUUUGAUGGUGCACUCCCACACAUGGAUAGAGUAACAUGGUGGAAAAAUUGAAUCUAAAGGAGAGAGGAACCAACAAAUGUCUCAAAGGCUAUUAGCGCAUGUUGACAAGUUUGGGGUUUGACGGUGCCAUAGAAGUUUUAGUGGAAGUCUUCUCUCAGUUGCUAAGCAUGACAAUGAAUUGUACAGCCAUAAAUCAAAAUGAAUGAAUGGAGGAUCUAGAGACUAAGCGCAUGAAUUGUGCUUUUGAUGAGUUCACAUCAGCAUCGUAGUGUCCUUUGGCCUUGAUCGAAGAUUAUGCCAAGAUUAGUUUCUAGAAGCUGGAACAAGAGUUGCACCAAAUUUUGGUAUCAAGUGUUUAGUGGUAAUUGGAGAAGGAACAUCUUCCCACAAAAAGCAAUGGCAUUCUUUCUAUUUUUGUCACCCUUCAUCCACCCUCAACUUCAGCAUAUUGUGGCCAAAAUGACUCUACUAGACACCCUAUUGUUCUAUGUUGUACAUUUCGUGGACAAACUGGAGGCAUGGCACAGACUACCAGUGAUUAUUGGAGCUGUUUAUUUGGGAAUUAGAAGACACUUGCACCAACGUUAUAAUCUAAUGCAUGUUGGAGAAAUAAAUGGGCAGAGAUAUAACACAGAAGAAUUUGCAUAUAGGACUGCUGAUGGAACAUGCAAUCACCCUAGUGAUGAUACCAUUGGUAGCCAAGGAACCUUUUUGGGUCGCAAUAUGCCUCCAUCAACUUCACCAUAUGGGCUGUUAGAGCCUCAUCCAACAGUAGUAGCCUCAAAGCUUUUGGUGAGGAAAAAGUUCAUAGACAAUGGGAAGCAGUUCAACAUGAUAGCCUGCUCAUGGAUACAGUUCAUGAUUCAUGACUGGGUCGAUCAUUUGGAGGACACUGAACAGCAGAUAGAGAUUAGAGCUCCUGAUGAAAUUUCAAGUGGGUGUCCCUUGAAGUCUUUCAAGUUUUUUAAGACCAAAAAAGUCUCCACUGAUUCACCUCAUCUCAAGAAUGGCUCUUUGAAUACAAGAACUCCUUGGUGGGAUGGGAGUGUAAUUUAUGGUAAUGACAAGGAGGGCAUGAAAAGAGUGAGGACUUUCAAGGAUGGAAAGUUGAAGAUCUCAGAAGAUGGGCUGCUUCAGCAUAAUGAGAAAGGUAUUCCUAUCUCAGGUGAUGUUCGAAAUUGCUGGGCUGGCUUUUCACUCCUACACGCCUUAUUUGUCAAAGAGCACAAUGCUGUAUGUGAAAUGCUAAAAGUACAUUAUCCUGAUUUGGAUGAUGAGCAACUCUAUAGGCAUGCAAGAUUGGUGACUGCAGCUGUCAUUGCUAAAAUCCACACCAUUGAUUGGACUGUUGAACUCCUGAAGACCGAUACUCUCCUAGUAGGGAUGAGGGUAAACUGGUAUGGACUUUUGGGGAAGAAAUUUAAGGAUUUAUUUGGACAUUUAUUGGGACCAAUACUGAGUGGAUUGGUUGGUCUUAAAAAACCGAGAGAUCGUGGAGUUCCCUAUUCACUAACUGAAGAGUUCGUAAGCGUCUACAGAAUGCAUUCACUUCUUCCUGAUACAUUUGUCCUUAGGGAUAUCAUGUCUUCAACUACAGAAGAAAAAUGUCCUCCCAUACUACAUGAGGUGCCUAUGUGGGAAUUAGUGGGUAUUGAAGGAGAGAGAAAACUGUCAACAAUAGGAAUGGAGCAAAUGCUGGUAUCAUUGGGUCAUCAGGCUUGUGGGGCACUCACAUUGUGGAACUAUCCAUCAUGGAUGAGAAACCUUGUAGCCCAUGAUAUUAAUGGAGAAGAUAGACCAGAUCCUGUUGAUAUGGCCACCUUGGAAAUUUAUAGAGAUAGAGAGAGGGGAGUUGCUAGGUACAAUGAGUUCCGACGGAACUUGAUGAUGAUUCCUAUUAGCAAGUGGGAAGAUUUGACAGAUGAUGAAGAAGUUAUUGAAGCUCUCCAUGAAGUGUAUGGAGAAGAUGUAGAGAAGCUUGACCUGCAAGUUGGCUUACAGGCAGAGAAGAAGAUCAAAGGCUUUGCCAUCAGUGAGACUGCUUUCUUUAUCUUCCUACUAAUUGCUUCAAGGAGGCUAGAAGCUGAUCGCUUUUUCACAACCAAUUUCAACUCCAAAACAUAUACAAAGAAAGGCCUAGAAUGGGUUAACAAGACCGAGAAUUUGAAGGAUGUGAUUGAUCGGCAUUUCCCUGAAAUGACGAGGAAAUGGAUGACAUGUUCAAGUGCAUUCUCAGUGUGGGAUUCAAUGCCAACUCCAGCUAACUACAUACCGCUGUACCUGCGACCAUUCCAUCUAAUUUUCAUCUAUUUAGUACUUCCAACAAGUAUGGUUAUCUGGUUGUCCACCAUUCUAUUAUAAACAAAAGAGUGUUUAGUAUUGGCUCAAGUAAAUGUUAUAUACUAAACAGAACUAUGCAUAAUCAUAUCCCACUGAAUUUGUCAUAUGAAAUGAUAUUAUAUACCACUGCAAAUGUCAUAGUUUGUGCAGUAUUUUUCA